AUGUCUGAAUUUCUCGGGUCUCGCAUUUCCCUCAUCUCCAAAAGCGAUAUUCGCUAUGUUGGCACUCUACAUGAAAUCAACUCGGACGAGUCGACAGUAUCACUUGAAAAUGUGAGGUCAUUCGGUACCGAAGGUCGCAAAGGUCGACCUGACGAAGAGAUUGCCCCCUCCGACCAAGUCUACGAGUACAUUGUAUUCCGAGGCAGCGACGUGAAGGAUCUACGAAUUGAGGAUCAUCCCAACAUCAAGGAGAACAAGCCUCCAGCUGUGCCCGAUGAUCCGGCCAUCGUUGGCGCUCGAGCUCGCCCUGGAGCCCAAGGGCCUAACCAAAAUGCUCCACCAGGAGGACCUGCUGCUUUCGGCCCAGGCCAAGGACCUUACCCGCCCAACAACUUCUACGGAGGCCCACCACCAGGAAACUGGGGUCGUGGUGGUGCUCCAGGACCUGGCCCAGGCCCUAACUUUGGGAACAUGCCGUAUCCCCCUCCUCCUGGCUGGUUCCCUCCUGGUCAAGGAUUUCCGGGCGGCCCUGGUGGACCCAACGGUCCCGGAGGUCCUGGAGGUCCCGGACCCUGGGGCAACUAUCCUUUUCCACCAGGCCCUGGCGGUCCCGGUGCUCCUGGCCCUAACGCACCUGUUGAAGCUCCCGCGAACCAACGAGCCACUUCAGGCUCUGGUCCCUCACAAGAUGCGAAGCCAGCUCCUAUUGGUCCUGGCGCCGAUCGAGCCAAGCCAGCCACUCCCAGCGGACAGGCAGCACCCCCCACGGAACCCAAAUCGCUGGCUCAAGGUGUGCGACAGCCCUCUCAUGCCCCUACACCACCUGUCGAAUCGAAACCUUCGGUUGAGGAAGUCAAGCAGACUGCUGCGAGCCUAGCAGCCAAUGGCCAAGCAAAGCCUGAGGACAUCAGCAAGGCUACUCCUACUGGACCCAGGAAUCACCGGGUCAAUCCUGUGAUUCCUUUGACAGGAUCUGCUGCCAAGCCCUUCUCUCUACCAGGCGCAGGAGGUGAUGCUGCCAGCAAGGCUCCCGCAGCUACUGCACCGCCCAAUGUUCAGGAUGCCACCAACGCUGCUAGGGCUGCGGUCGCUGUUGCUAUGGCCCAAUUGGGCAACAACAGUGGCAACGCUAUGGACAACCUGACGAACAAGGUCAACGAGAUGCGGGUCAACGCCGUCCGAGGUGGACCAGCCAGCAGAGGUCGAGGCCGUGGUGGACGUCCUACUGCCGCUAAGGUCGCGGUUCCCGACUCUGACUUCGACUUCGCCCAGUCUAAUGCCAAAUUCAACAAGCAAGAUGUUGUCAAAGAGGCUAUUGCUGGAUCUCCUCUGGAGACGCCAGAAAACCCUGCUGUCGCCGAGCAGCCCGAGAUCUCAACUACGACUGACGAUGCUGCUGUUGCCUACAACAAGUCGAGAUCGUUCUUUGACAACAUCUCCAGCGAAUCCAGAGAGCGAACCGAAAACGGAGGCCAGAAGCCCGGCGGUCGCGAAUGGAGGGGCGAGGAGCAGCGCAAGAACAUGGAGACCUUUGGCCAGGGGAGCGUGGAUGGUGCUUAUCGCAACUACCGUGGUCGGGGUCGUGGUCGUGGUCGGGGCGGUCGUGGCUAUGGCCGCGGUGGACGAGGUGGAAACCGUCCUCAGUAUCAGACCACACCUGCUCAACAAUAA